CCGGCUUCGGCUUCCUCCUCGUCACAGCUCUCGCUCUAUCUGAUAUAACAAAUUUCGAUCUGUCUGCGGGCCAACCUUACUAUCGAGAUGCAGACAAACCCAGAUCCUUUGACGAGCGCUAUGGUCAGCAAGAGGGAUCCCCUCUCCGCCUCCGCUGCUGAAGUGAACAAGCCCGUGGAUGAAGUGCAAGCAGCAACAGCGCCUUCUUCGGCAGACAGGAGCAAAGCGAGUGUCACUGAGCCUUCAGGAGGGUCGAGGGCGGAGAACGCCACCACGGCAGAGGAUGAAAGCGACAUCCUCUUCAUACGACGAUCAGUUCUGGGAGCGGACACUCCUCUGGAAUAGCACAACAUCCAAGUCAAGGCUCAUACCUCACAUGAAGUUAUGAUCUUCGAGGGUUUUCUAUGAUCUUCUAAGGCUCGAGCUUCCUACUUGGGUGAUUUAGGACCUGGGCUACCACGCCAUUCCAUCCCCUGCCCUGCGACGCUUGCACUUCUUGAACUCAUGUUGCAAGUGAGGACUGCGGUCGUCUGAUGAGGCACGACAUUGCGUGCGCUGAGCAUAUCAGAUGAUUCAUUCCGCCAUGCUUUAUCUUUGUUCUUCUGUUUGACUUCCGUCAUUUUCCCAUCUUCCCCAGAUGCCCUGGUCAAUCGGCCGUUGGUACCUUCCUCGAAGAUGAUUGUAUGCUUGUGCACAAAUCUUCCUGAAAGACUUUUCGGUAGAUGAUGAAAUUCGUUUUCGAUUGAACCCUUGAAUCCGUAGCAGCGGAUUCAUUUCCGCCAAAUUCGACUCAGUUCAUUCUGCGGAUCACCUGUUCGUUGCGUCAACAUUGGAUACUGAUAACUACGCUUCCAUUGUAAAUUGAGCUUCUAGGUCUGUGACUUGUAUUUGAUAUAAUCGUAGUGAUGAAUUAGAC